AUUCUAAGAGGUUUACUUUAAGCGCAAGAAUAUCCGGCGAAAACCUAGAGGAACAACUAACGUUUCCUCUGGGGUAAUAUUUAGUGUUGUCUUAUUUUUCUUAAGUUUUCCCUCCAUGUCUAUAACAUAGAUAGUUCAGUGAUGUAGUUCUGCAGUGUGGAAACAGUAUUCGCAUCAAGAAAGGUUCACAUGCGGAGAACUGUCCAUCAAUGACUGAAUGUAGUAGAUAGGUACCCCUUCGUCCUUCAGUUCCGGGGAACACAAUGGAUGUGUAUAGAAGAGAGAUGACGAGUUACCUACCAAGAGAGAAAUAUGUUCAUGUAAAGCUUAUUUAAGCAUCUGUUUGUCUUCCUCAUAACGACCACGGCUAUGUUGUUCCCACAGAACUACCCCUCUCUUUGUCUGUCCCUCUGGUUUGACUGUAUGGGCCCCAGUUUGGCAAAGAAGCAGUACUGAGCAGUUUCCAUGAAGUUUUCUGAACAUAAGCUGUUCAUGGAAACUGCGCGACUGCCGUCGCCAGUUCAGAAAUGGUUUGGUCACCAGUUGGAAAUUCGUGGCAUCGACUCGGUUAUUUAUUCCAGACACGUAAUUCACCUUCUCCAACAAGAUGAUGAGGAAAUUCAGGACUAUGUAGACCUCUUUUUCGAUUCCAAAGCUGACAAAAAGCAUCAAUGCAAACCUGGCAGAUAUGACAAGAAAAAAAUUAACUCUGAGGAGAGGAAAAAAUCUGCAGCAAUUGAAUGUUUGCAGGCUGUGUCAGAUGAGGACAAUGAUAUAGAGAAACUUGUGGAGGAAUUAUGUCACAAACUGAAGACGCUGGAACAACAUGAUGGAGUGGAUGGCACCAAUGGCCAAGAACAGAACACAAGUUCAUCAGAGAGUGACUGCAGCAGCUCAGAGUUUGAGAAUCCUGCUGAAAGAUAUUAUGCUGCCUUCCCUGCCUUACAAGGAAAUGAUAACCACACCACUCCCACUGAAUCCCUAAGUGUAUGGAGGAACAACCCAAUGACAAAGUCAAAACCAGACCAAACAGGAGAAAUGGAGACAGGAGUAGCCCCGAAAGAUAACCAACCAAAACACCAGCAGCAAGAUCAAUUAUCACCCAAAACCCCCCAAAAGAAGAAAGAUACUGUCCAGAAACUCCAUACGAGGAAAAGCCCAUCCCAAAGAGAAGAUGCCUGUUACAAAGUCUGUCGCUUUCUGAGUUGGCCCAAUGAAACUAAUGAUGUUGAAAAUCCUGAUGCCCAGACCAGCUCUUUGAAUGAUAAAGAGCGUUGUUCUCAAGUUGAAAGUAUGCUGAAAGAAAUGUUAUUAAAGAAGAAAGAGAAACCCUUCAAAGUUCAAACUCCAUCUAACCAAGGCAGUCCGACAGAGAACAUAGAUCAGACUAGUUAUACAGAAAUAACGAGGGAAACCAGUCCAAGAGGCACAGAUGGGUCCGUAAGUCCAGAACUCCAAGAGGACGACUCCUGGUACACUCAGCCGAUAGAUAUUUUGUUCACCUCUGAGGAACCCAGACAACGCCUAUACAAAAGAAACAACAGUAGCUCUGCUUCACCUCUCCAACAGAAGUCUGGUACUAGCACUCCCGUCAGUCCAAAUGGCAGUCUAACACAGCAAUCUUUCAUGGAGGAUGAUUUUCUUUUUCAUUGCUCUACAUCAAAUACAAGUGAGACAGGAUUUUCCGACAACUUUCCUGCUGAUUUAUCACACUCGCUGUUCAAUCCGUGUGAGCCUGAAGCAGUAUUAGAUUUAGACACUGCUUUGAAUCCAGAUCAAUCCAGCUUUUUAGUGUUUUCUCCAUAUGACAAUCUUCCCCAUGCAGCAACUACAACUGAGAGAGAAGAGAGCCCAACUGAUGAAUUCCUGACACAAAGUUCCACAGAAAAUAAUCUGAACAGCUUAACAACAGUAAGUGAUCUGGAGGAUAUUGAUAAAAGAAUUGAAGACUUGGAUUUAGAUGAGACUUUGGCACCAGAGACUUUUUUGAACCAUCAUUACAAUGAACAGAUUAUGAAUUCUCCAAACAACGAAGAUGUAUACUGGGAUGAUAACUUGCAAAGUUAUGGUUUCCUUCCCUCUGCAACAACUUGGCCAUCAAAAGUUUUGGUGGGUGACUUGACACCAGGUUUGUGCUGGGGUGAAAGAAAUGAAGGCUACUCAACAGAUUUUUAUAGCCAUCUGAAGUUUGGGAAAAUCUGGCAAGUGUGGGAUGUGAAUUAUCAGAAGAUAACUGGUGCAUAUUGCAGUCCGUUGAAGAAUCCGCUGCACACCUGCUACAGUGACUGUGUGUUGUUUGGUUUGUCUUCCUGCUGGGAUCCGUGCAACUCUGAUGAACAGACAGAAAUUUGGAGCUCCUGGGGCGAUUACGAGAAAUUGAAAGAUUCCUAUGGACAAAGUUUGAUAACAGGGGACCUUGGCUCGGUUGAAACUUAUGAUGACACAAUUUUGCAGGAGGACCCAUGUAAUCCCUUGGUAAUGGUUGAUGUGGAUCAAGAUUCAGUGGUUUGCCAGCUUGAGAAUCAGAAUAGUGAACUUAUUCCCCAGAUUCAGUUUGAUGUUGUCUCUGAGGCUGGGAGUGACUAUGAUAAUGUUCUGUCAGAUGGGGAAGAUGAUCAACUUGCCAACAGUGAAGAAAACCAUACCUACUACCGUCGAAGCGCAUCUUUUGGCGAUUUCCAGACAAUGUGGUCUAUGGUUGAGCAUUCACCAUCAAAGAACUUCAGCUUGGCGAGGAGUUUUGAACUGGUGCCUUCCGAGAGAUCAGCUUUUGUUAAUGUUGUCCAGAAGAAGAUUCACCAUGUACAAAGUGAACCUAAUUUAAGACGCCAAAGAAGAGAUUCUUUGACUAUCAGUCCAACUAACGAAGGUCGAAGUUGCAAGUCAGACUCCAGCUCACCGGAGGAACACUUGUAUUUUUCUAAGAAAACCCACUUCCAACCCAUCCAGUCUCCAGUCGCUCAGAAUACAGGUUCCACAUACAACUUGAGGGACUUGUUUGGUGGUUAUGCUCCAUCAAAAACACCUUAUCAGAAAUUCCAGGAAGAUGAUACCUAUGAAGUUGAUGAAAAAGAAAAUUCUUUUAUUCCGAUGUUCAAGAUUCGAAAGGAUCAGGGUAAAUAUAUACAGGCUAACUUAGAAUCUACUGAUGAUGAUGCAGAAGCAACAGAAUGUGAUGGAACUGCAGUAAACCAUCAGCAGUUUGAACAAGAUAGGCAGAUCUUCAGUUUAUUUGGAUAUGUUGAAAAUUUUACAGGUUCAUUGCAAGCAACACCACAGAAUCUUGGAGAGUGUGUCAACACCUGUGUGGACUCGGGAUAUGAAGAUCUAGAUCAGCAUGUUCAAGAGAAAGAAGAGGCAGAGAGGGUUGUUUUCUAUGAUGGUCCUACCACAAACAAAAAGCAGGUGGGUCCAUGGUCUAUGAAAUAUGGAUUUUCUUCAAUACAGGACAUGCACCCCCUUGAGGAGCUAGCUUAUGAGGAAGCCUGGCAGUCUGUGCGCACAUCAAAGCCACAUGAUUACUCUGACCAUGCUGCGUGUGCCUGUGGAAAGGAACCAGUUGCUGGAGAUUUGCAGGAAAAUGCUAGCAGUGAUGAUGUCUGCAAGCCACCUGUGCAUGGAUGGGUAAUUCAAGAGGCCUGGGGGUCGACUCCUGGAAUCGAAGGUCAAUCUGAGGCAAUCUCUAAACACAGCAUCUGGAGCAGUGGGCACGAAGAUGGAGUCUUCUCUGAAAUGUUUUAUUAUUCAGGACAUGGUGAAGAAACUGCUGCAGAACAAUAUGUCAUGGACGAUAGUUCUAGUUCCAAGGUGGAUGACUGUUCUGAAGAAAUUGAACGUAAUCUAUUGAAGUAUCACCAAGAUGUAGUCGACAAAGAAAAUGAAAAUGACUGUAGCGUGAAGAUUAUUGACGAGCCUGAGCAGUGUGAUCGUGAAGCGGAUUCUGAUCCUUAUGGCCAAUCUUUUAUGGAGCUGAGAUCAUACUUUGGAGAUGAUUUAUCUGAGGGAAGCACAGCUAGAUCUGAUCAACAGUGUGCUGGUCUGCAAGAUAAAGAAAAUGAUCCUCCCAAAGAUGAUUCUGAUAUAGUCAAAGUGAAACUGGUCAUAAAGAAAGGAAAAAAGAAACAAGAUUUUGAGGAUUUAGACACUCAACCACCCCUGUUUAUGCCCAUGCCUGUGUCUGCAGUGUAUUCCUGCGAGCUGGAGCAUGCAUGGAUGAAUAACACGGAUGAAGAAUGCGUCUCCCCACAGUCUGUUAAAGGAAAGAGAAAGCCCUGCACUUUUUUCUUGGAGGGUAAUUGCAGACGUACUGACUGCAAAUUUGCCCAUGAUCUUUCCCACAUUACCUGUCGAUUUUGGGAGGAAGGAGACUGUUUUAAGGGAGAGUUAUGUCCCUUCCUUCAUGGAUACAGUCCAUACUUAACAAAAUCAAAUCAAAAUGCAUCAUACAGAAAGAAGUCAGAACAUUUUAAGUAUCAAGCAGAUGAUUUUCCCAACUUAACUAAAAGUGAAGCUAAGAAAGACAGAGGGAAAAAAGACAAGCUCAGCAAGUUGAAUAAAUACAAGGCCUCCAAGACUCAGCUGAGGACCCAGAUAAACAAGAAACUACUGAAGAGUAAUGUUGCACAAGGGGAGACAACCAGCCUUCCCAAGAAGCUGAAGCAGAAGGGCUCGCAAUGAAAAAUUCCUGGAUGGUGGUGAUAAGUGGACCCUGUUAGUGCAGUAGUUCAGAGGAGGAUUUAAAAAGGGGACCCUGUUUAAUGGGGGGAAUACCCAGUGGAUGUGGGCACUGGUUGUCUCCAUUAAAGUAAGGGCAAUGUAUAUAAUCUAGUCAGGGGCAUUUUAUGUGUAAACAGAGACUAAAUGUCUGGUUUCAUUUCGAAAAAUAGUUUGUGUUAGCAUUCUGCACCCACACAGAUUUUGAUAUGAAUUGCAUAUUCUCAUGUUUUAUCAUAUGAAUUAGAAUUUAUAUCAUUCAGCUAUACUCUUUUUCUCUUCUUUUUCCUUUGUCUCUCUCUCUCUCUGUGUAAAAACAUUGAAUGUUUAUUUCGAAAGUUUUUUGAAAUUCUCUUUAAUUUUUAAAAGCAAAAUGUCCUUUACCAAAUACAUGCACAGUUCUGAAAGUUAAUGUAUAGUGCAGUGUAUGAAAAUUAGCAAACAAGUAUUUAGUUCUUGAUGGAAGUUUUGGAUAUUUUUACACAGUUGAAGAUUUUUUUUAUAAAUUGGUAAUGAGCAGAUUCUUUGAAAUUUACAAAAUAUGGUAGACCUCAAAUAUUUGAAGAUCUGUCUAAUUACCACAGUAUUUACUGUAGUCAGAAGUUCCCUGCACUGUUGAAUUCUUAUUUACUUGUACAGUUUACCAACUUUAAAAGUAUUCAAUUGUUUGUGUUUACAGAAAUGUGUAAUGUAGUAGAUCAGCUAGAUGUUUUCAAACAAACAAAUAUAGAAGGGAAAAAUUUCUUGUGAAUUUUUGUAUAUAGAAAUCCCAAUCACAUUUGUUUCCAUGGGAUUAGUAAAGGAAAAUGGUCCUUGUAUAAAAGGUUGCCAAUAUAAAAUGAAAUUUAAAAAAAAAAUCACAAAAGAAAAAAUCCCCAGGGUGAGCAGCCAUACUCAGCCGUAGUAUAAAUGUUUUUUUUUAAUAGCCAUAUGAAUGACUGGUGUUUUUAAAUGUUGGUAUACCUGAGAGUGAUUUUUUUUUAUAGGUUAUGAGAUGAAAGUGUGUAGGACUGGUUUAAACUGAUUUGCCAGAAAUGGCCAAAAGAUCCCGAAAGGUGUAUGAAUGAUAGUAUAUUUUUUGUUGAUAUGAAAGUACAUUGCAAACAUCAUUGUUAAAUAAUUAACUACUUAAAUGCCAUAAUCUUUUUACAUUUGAAUGCCAAAGAAAAAGAGAGAAAAGAAAAGUAAAGGAUGGUAAAAGCUCUUUUAAAUCAAGCAAAGUUAAUAAUAUGGUUUUUGAGAGAGCAUUCCUUGUAAUAGGAGGAAAGACCACUUUUUGGUUAAGCAAAAUAUGGAAUGUGUUUUAGAUAGUAUUGAGUGAAAAUUAGGAAUGUAAAGCAAGUGGAAAUAGGAAGAUACAGGUUACCAAGUUUAUCAAGCAGUCAUCGUUUACAAAAAAAAAAAUUACAUUCAUGUACAAUGUACCUGUAUAUAAAUCUAUUGUGUGUUUGUUGAGACUCAGAUCAAUUUUAUUACAUUGUAUUAAGGGAGAGUUGAGUCUAGUGUUUUUUUGAAUGAUCUUUACAGAUUAUUUACAUGUCAUGUAGAGGAAAAAUAUUGAUGAUAGUUUCCUUGUUGUGUAAAUGUGUGAUAUACAUGUACAUGAAAUAUGUUAAGCCGAUCUUGAGCUCGUAUUUUGUCCAUUUGGAAAGUGUUAUGGUCUCUUGUGAGACAUGAUAUGAUGUUUUCACAACUGUCUGAACACAUUCAUGUAAGCAACCUGUGUGUGCACACUCUGUAUUGGGUUCACAUAGGUUUGAUCUGGUCUUUUUAUGAACACCAUUAACAUUGGUUAGGCAUAAACCUAUGUACAAUGAUUUUUCAUAAAAUAAGCACAUUCUGUAGGAUGUCGCACUUGGCGUAGGAUAUUCAACAAGCCACAACAAGAACAACUGAAAAAAAAAAAGCCUUUGGUAAAAAAAAAAAUUAAAAAAAAAAAUUGAAGAGUCACUUCUUCGCAAGCAUUUUUUGAUGAAAUUUUCAUGUAAAUAUUUUUGAAAAUUUGAGUGUAAGUUACGUUACUGGGGUUCCCUAAGUAUUAUGCAGAAAGUUGUGUUGUUUUUCAAUAUCAAUGCUCUUGAAAGAACAAAUUGGUGUUUCCAGUUUAGUAAUGCAGAACAUCUCUACUCCAAAAGAAUACAGGAAAAAAUGAAAUUUUAUAAUUUAUUUCAGGGAACAAUAUGUCAUGGGGGGGGAUGGAAACAUCACAACAAGGAACUAUAUCUGAUCCCUAAAUAUAAUAAUCUUAGUAACUUCUAAAAUAUUUUGAAAUGAUCUUGUUCAUUUUAGAGAAGAAUGAUGAGAAAUUCUCCAUAAAAUCAUGAGACAUGUCUCAUAAUUUUAUUCUCCAUUUUUAGACCUAUUUGCUUCACUCAAUUUUCAUUACAAGAAAAAGUAGGCAGAAACAAACUUAAUGAAAGAAAGUUUUUUUUUGGUUGUCUUCAAGAAAAUAUUUUCCAACCAUUUUUUAAAAAAUGUACUUUGAUUUUUUUUUGUUUGAAAAUGUUAUUUACAUUUAUACUUGCUUGUAAAUCAUAGAAAGCUUUUUACAGAUUGUCAGUUCAAGCAUUCUGCAUUGUUUAUUUAUAUAGUGAAGAACGAUAUGUAUUCGUUGACGAUUGGCUUACUCUAUGCAUCUGAUGUAUACAUAUGGGUCAUUAUGUUACAUCGUAGAACUAUGUCAUUUUAUCCAUAUUUUGGUCUAUCUCUCUGUCUAAACUACAUUUGAGAAACGUGUGUCAUUUCUGUAUUGCAAAGAGUUUUUAUCCUGUAGUUGGGGAGUUUUAUACCCCUUUGACUUUCGCAUAAAUAUUAUGUCUUCAUACAAGCCAAAUUAUGUGGAGGGAAAAGGACUUCGUUCAAAUUUCUGGAUAUUUAAUACAACCCACCCCCCACCCCCACCCCCUCCACUUUCAUGCUAAGUGUUUAAAGUAAAGUGUAACAAUAUCAAGUAAAUGACUGCACCUUUUUAACAGUUGCAAAAUUCUUUUAAAAAAUUCUUAAUAGUAGCAUCAAUGGUCCCAAAAAAGUGGAUACAGUAAUUAGUAGAAAAUAAUUGGAUACAAAAUUUUGAAAGCUUGUAUAGUAUUUUGAUUACUCCCCCCCCCCCCCCCCCCCCCCCCCCCCAUUUGUUUCUAGUGAUCCAUUGAUUUUGAAUAUUAAGGUACAGUGCAUGUAGCCUAUUGUUGAAAUGUUUCUAUAGGUGAGCAGAAGUAUUGUAUUCUUAUCAGAACAGGUAGUUACAACGUACCAAAUCAUUUUUUUUAAUGAAAAGCUGGCACAACUUCACUCAAAGCUGUUAGCUGAAUGUUGUGUCAGAGCUAAAGUUCUGAAGUAAGAAAACACAAGGGUUUAAAAAUAUAUUAGCAAGUGAAACCUGUUUUAAUUUUUUUUUCAAAGAUCUUGUGAGAAAUACAUGUAUAUUGGCAUUGUUCCAUCCCAAGCCAUAUUUACUGAGGAAGAUAUUUUUUUUUUGUGAUGUGUGUUACUUGUACAAAGAUUCUGAGAUUAAUGAUUCCAGAAUUCUGGCAUAAAACACUCAAAAGUAUACAUCACUGGGUAAAGAUGAAAAUUGUACAUCAUCUGAAGUCUUAUCUUACCUGAAAUAAAGUUUAUUGAAAUGAAA